UCGAGGGAGAAAUAUUUUCAUUCUUGUGUGGCGAAACGAUUUAGUUGUUUCAAGAGCAAGUUGGUGCGCCGAUGGAUAACUAUGAAGGAAAAGAAGCCAAAAAAUCAAACAAACAAGAUGCCUUGGGAUGUCUACAACCAUAUCACAGAGGAUGAUUGGAAGACUUUUGUUAAACAUUAUUUCCUGCCAGAGUCAUUGCUUCGUAGUGAAAAGGCGAGGAAAAGUGCAUCAUGCAACAAGAACCCACAUCGCACCGGCCAAAAGGGUUAUAAUAGAAAGCGACUAGAUUGGAUAAAGGAUGGACGACUUCCACCAGAUGCAGCUUUACCUAUCUCGAGUAGCUCCUCGGUGAACUCAUCAGUGACCUCAAAUGUUAAUAGAGUUAGAAAAUACAAAUCAAAGGAGUGGAUUUUGGCCCAUCAAGUACAAAAUAAAGAGGGAAAGUGGGAAAUUGACCCGAACGAUACAGAAGUUGUUGAAAUCGCAACAAAAGCUUUAGAGUACAUCGCAGAAGAGGAAAAAGGAAAUCUUUCUUUCGAACGGGGUGAGGAUUCCCUCACUAAAGCUAUAGGGAAAAAAGAUCAUCGUGGGCGUGUCAAGGGAACAGGUGGCAUGGUUGGUAUCAAAAAGGCUUUCGGUCCGUGUAUUCGACAUAGUAGAAGUGACCAUGGUGAAGCUUCAUCAGAAAAUUACGAAUCAAUCAGAGCUUCUGUGAAAAAGGAGUUUGAAGGUGAAUUAGAGAAAAGGGUAGAGAAGAGGGUGGCAGAGGCCCUCCAAAAGCAACUAAGCACCUUGUUAAAAACAGGACAACUAAACUCCAUUUCUACCCCGAUACCUGAUGACCUCCACUUAAAUGAUUCUGCCAGAGUUGACCUUGAUGUUAGUGCUACAAGAACCACUCGUCACAUCUUAGUGCCGCAACCACGCGAGCUAAAGGAAAGGACUCCAUGUCGUCUUGCCCUUGAGGAGAAAGUUUCAGGCAACAACAUUGUCGUGGCGGAUGGUAUGGUACAACCCUCAGAUGGUGCAUUGCCCCAACAUUUUACAUCGAUGAAGCCUGGUCACUAUAAAGUCCAAGUUGAUUUUGUUUACGACGGACAUGUUGAUGAUAUUCUUCCGGUACCUACGGGAGAUGGUUUCACUAACUUAGGCGGUGCUCUGGGUAGUUUUGUGCAAUGGCCCAUACACUUAGUGAUUUUCGAAGACGGCGAGGAUUGUAUUUCACCUCCUAAAAAGAAGUCCAAGUCUAAUGUUUCUAAAGAGAGGGAUGGUAGCUCCAAGAAAAAGACAACGGUGUUAGCGGCCCAAAAGAAGACAACAGACUUACCAUCCAAGGUAAACCCUCUAAAACUCAUUCGAACCUAA